UGCUGGAUUUGAGGAGUCCAGGAUGCGCUGACCUGCUGACGCUUGCCUGCGGACUGAGGUUAACAAGUGUGUCUGCACCAGAACACUGCCACUCUUUUCCUUUUCAGGGUACGGGGAGGUGUAUUCCACAACAGAAAGAGCCCAAUCUUCAACUAGGGCCACCUGCCGGCAUGUCCAAAAGGCUCCGCUCCCAGUUAGAGCAAGAAAUCCCAGAAGAUGUCUGCUGUGGGAUACAUCUGGAGCCACCACAGCUGUUCUGCCAUGAUGACCAAAUCACGCUUUGUGACAAGUACUUCAAGUCCCAGGAGCACAAGAAUCAGGUGGUGUAUGGAGUACAAGAGGCUGCUGAGAAUUUUAGGAAGUUAUUCCAGGAGAUAUUGAACACAUUGAAGGAGAAACUUGAAGCAGCUGAAAGCAUAUUGGCUGAUGAGCAAGAAAGAAUGGUGAUGAUGCAGGAAGAAGAGCAGAAUUUUAAAGUGAUGAUUGAGUCUGAAUAUAGGAUAAGGUUCCGACUGAUGAUUGAAGAAAACAAAGUGAACUUCCAGAGCCUGCAAGGUUGCAGAUUCAACCUGAACUUGAGAGAAGCCAAUCAAAACCAACUGAUGGAGUUUGCCACAGAGCUAAAGGAGAAGUUCCAGGAAAUACUACAGAGACUGAACCAUCUGUGGAGAGAGAAAAUGAAUAAACUCAAGGAGAGUGAAGUCAGUCUCUCUGAACAGAUCUGCAGCCUCCAAAAAUCACUGCAGAGCUAG